CAACCAUCUCGAACGAAAAUCUGAAUCGUCGGCAGCCUCUGUUUCUCACACUCCCCGACAGCCAAGAGAGCACAUCUUCGAUGCCAGCCAUGCAACCAGUCCCUUCCCUCGUCAUCGCAGACAGGCAAGACCAACCAGCAUCAGCAUCAGCCAAAGAUAUUCCACAACUCUCCUACUCUUCCGGCUACAACCCAAUUAACGUCUCUCCAACGCCAUCAGCAUUCACAGCAGAGUCUACCGUCCCGCAAUACAUGCUUCCCGCAUUCGUCCCCACCGUCUACAUAUCUCCAUACCAGUCACAACACUCAAUCUCAAACCCCCGAUCCCGCCCCUCCCUCCGCGGCGGCGUCACCCGCACCGAGAUCCGCAAUGCGGCCGCACGCGUAGGGCAGCUAGUCUACGACAGCGAGCGCGACUUCGUCCAACAGUACCGCCGCAUGAGCACUCCCGCCGCCGCUCGCGCUCCCAUCACGCCCCCAAGGACCUCCGUCACGUUCUUACCCCCAAACUCUAUGUCUCCGCCUCCCCUGCAUGCUCUACAGCGUACACUCAGCUGUACGCCGUCGCCAAUCGCCAGCCUCCCUAUCCGCUUACACACGCCUUCGUUCUCCUCAGCCACCAGAGGGGCCCCGUCUCGCAGUGUCUUAGCCGAGCCAACCCGAAAGCAAAAGUACGACGACAUCGUCGCCCGACUCCAGAAGCAGCGCGAGACAGACCGCUGGCUCGCGGGCGAGAAACGCCGCGCCGAGGACGCGAAGCGCAAACUCUCCGCCGAGCUCAAGAAGAAGCGCGCUGCCCUAAGCGCCGCCAAGGAGUCUCUAACCAUGCGCGACCAAGAGCCCGCGGGCCAAACCCAACCCCCCGAAGAUGUCGACGCGGAGGACACCGGGCCCUGGUCCCGCGAGCAACUGGACGCCCACCUCGCCGCGCAGCUCAAGGAGUCGGAGCAGUCGUGGGUGAAGACGGCCGCGGCGCGCCGCAUAGGGGAGGGCGAUCUGGAGGCGUUCCGGCGGGCGUACAAGAAGCACGGAUAUACGUUCUGCUAUUGUGGGUUUGAUAAAGACGGACAGUCGAUGGUGCAGUGCGCGAACCCGGAGUGCGCGGUGGGGCUCUACCAUGCGGAUUGCCUGCAUGCGGCGGAGCGGAAGGCGGUGGAGAGGCAGGAGGAGUGGAAUAGCGCGCUGGCGCUGCAACAGCGCCAGCGGCUGCAGGAAGAGCGCGAGGAUAGGGGGGAGUUGGACGAGGCGAAGCAUAUAGUGGAGAGUAGGACGUGGAUGUGUCGGACGUGUGUGAUGGAGACGGCGCAGGCGGCGAGGGGGAUGCGGGAGGAGUUGGCUGUGAGAGAGCAGCAUGAGAGGGAGCUAUGCGAGGCGAGGGCGAGGGAGGCGAGGGAGGAAAGAAGGAGGCUGUGGGGGGAAAAGGUGAGGGGCAUGCAUCAGAUUAUGGAGGAUAUGCAGGCGGAAGAGAGUGUGCAGGAUGAGGAUGGUUUCGUCAUGGAGGAUGGCCCCGUCAUGGAGGAGGGCUCCUGAUGCGUGUGCUAGAACAGUACUGCUGGGAGUUCAGGAGGGGUCGGGGUUUUGGAGAUGGAGGCGAGGUUGUGAUGGAUGGGGGGAAUACCUUCGAUGUACUAUUAGGGACUAGGAAGGAUGGGGGUGGUUGGGUAGUCUUGGAAUUGGUACGAGUUGUGUUAAUGAG